CUUUGAUGUGUUAAUAAAACAAUAAGUUCGAAACUCGUGAAGUGUUUAUCAAAACGGGGUCAUCAUGUUCUUAUUAAAGAUAGCACCAAUUUUUCUACUGGCUCUCACAGUUGCAGCUGAGAAAAAGAUAGAAUUACAGGAUAUAGAAGAAGAUAAUUUAAGAAGUGAAAAGGAAAAACAAUACGAGAAGUCAGAAGGACAACAGCAAGGUUAUGGUGCUUCAGCUCCUGGCUUAGUACCACUUGACUAUCUCAAAAAUAAUUUCGUCCAAUACUUUAACCCAACUCAAGCGCCACAGCAAAAUCGUUAUGUACAUCAAUACGCUGUUACUGAACAGCCAGAAAGACCACCCGUUACUCCGAAACCUCAAUAUGGAACACCAACACAGCAAGCGAUGGUUGGGUAUUUGUCAAAUGUACCAAUGCAAAUUUAUUUGGUUCCUCAAUACUACAAUGAACCUACAGAGCAAGCGGCGCAUCCUCGACCUGAAGUUCAACUACCUGCACCAGCUGUCACUCAAGUGUCUUAUCAGGAACCACAAAAUGUCCAACAGCACACUGGUUACAUUCAAGUGCCUACUUAUGUGACACCAACGAGUAAAACAUAUCUACAGCCAUACAAUGCUCCUGUAUCGUAUUAUAGUUACACUCAGCCGACAAUAGCACCGGCUCAGGCCUCUGUUACACCAGUUUUGGCAUAUCAAAUGCCAGUUGUUCACUAUCCCACUGCUAUAUCUGCACCACCACCAAAGGAUUAUUACCAAAGUCAUCAAUACAUAGACACAAAUUCAGUUGAUGAAAGUCAAAAUAACGAUUUAAAUAAUCCUAAGUCAUAUCCUAGUCACUUUGAAGAACCAUUACCAAAACCUUCGGGUUCAGGGUAUCCAAGGUACUACAAUUCUCGGACGCCUAUUAGAGAUGAAUACAGACAUCCUAUAGAACUGCCGAGUCCAAGCCCACUACUUUUGAAGGCCCCACCGGCACAUUUAGCACAUAUUCCAAAAGCUUUGCCAUUUUAUCGUCCUUCAACGAAACCCGUUUACCAAACUGGAGGAGGAUAUAUAUCGAGUACGUUUACUCCUAGACCGAAUGAAAAUUACGCGAUUCCUUUAAAAAGACGCCCGACAUCAUUAUUGGAUUCUUAUAUACCGUCUAGUAUUCAGAUAGAAUAUAUGAAAAGAGGUUAUACUAAAGAUUCAUUAUCCGCUUACGAAGCGUUAUCAAGUGGCAGACAUUUGUCCCAGUUGCCGCAGUCGUCUGUUAUUCCGAGACAUUACGAGCGAGGAUUUCUACCGAAUCAGAUGUACCAUACGGCCGCAGGUGGUAUAACAUAUGGACAUCACAAAAGAGCUCCAAAACUGGAUAAAGUUUCACAAAAAUAG